CCUAAGGGGAAAAGUACACUUGCUGUUAAAUGUGCUACUAGAAUGCACAGCAGACAUUGCAAUGGAAUAAGAAACACACUUUUUUUUAACUAGAACUUGUUCUGUUACAACUUAUCAGGUUGUAUGGUUUUAAGUCAUUUCUACAAGGACUAAACAACCCAAAAGAUUUCUUUCAUCUAUUAGGAAUAUCUGCACGCCAUGGAGGAAAUUCAACUCAACAGCACCAUUGAUCCAGCUUGUUUACAAGAGCCCCCGCUGGCGAUCGACGUGAUAAAGCAGCUAGAUGUGUUUGGAUUGUGUCUGUACUCCAUGCUCACCUUCAUGUCUGGCAUCUCCCUGCUGCUGUACCUGGAGCAGUGUGUCUACAUUUACAAAAAGCUGCCCCACCCCCAGAAGACAACCAUCAUUUGGAUAAAUGGUGCAGCACCAGUCAUUGCCACCAUGUCUUGUUUUGGGAUGUGGAUCCCGAGGUCAGUCAUGAUCACAGACAUGACGUCCAACUGUUAUUUUGCAGUGGUGAUGUAUAAGGUCUUGGUUCUGAUAAUUGAGGAGUUUGGAGGCAGCGCUGUUUUUCUGAAGCGGUUUUCCGGUAAACCCUUUAAGAUUACCACAGGACCCUGCUGCUGCUGCUGCCUCUGUUUACCCCGUGUGCCCAUGUCACGGCGAUUGUUAUUCUACCUGAAGUUGGGUUCUCUUCAGUAUGCAAUCCUAAAGACCGUGCUCUCUAUCCUCGCCGUAGUAUUGUGGACAAAUGGCAACUUUGAUCUGUCUGAUCUAGAGAUCACUGGUACAGCCAUUUGGAUAAACCCAUUCAUUGGCGUUCUCACCAUCAUCGCCCUUUGGCCUGUUGCCAUCAUCUUCAUGAACACUAACAGCUUUCUACGCAGCCUCAAAAUUGUACCCAAGUAUGCCAUCUACCAAUUAAUACUUGUGCUGAGUCAGCUGCAGACAUCAAUCAUUAACAUCGUGGCCUUGGAUGGAACCAUCGCCUGCGCCCCUCCCUUCUCUUCUCAAGCUCGUGGCUCCAUGCUAAAUCAACAGAUAAUGAUCAUGGAGAUGUUCAUCCUCACUCUGCUCAACCGGUUUUUGUACCGUCGUACAUAUGAGACACUUCCCUCUGAGGCACAUGACAACGACCAGAAUUCUAAAGUCGCCCUGCAGACUGCUCUCGUGGAGCAUGACGUCUAAAAGAGGAGACGUGAUAAUUGAGUAAAAGUCAACACAGCUUUUUAUGAAGUAUGAGAUAAUCUAUCAUCAAAUGUGAUAUGAUAUAACAUUUCACCUCAUUCUGUCACUCAAAUGUAACAAAAGAGAACGUCACUAGUCUGGUGACUUUCAACCCUUUUGUCACUGGCUUUUGUCAAAAUCGGUUUCCUGUGAGUCAGUGGUUCCCAACCUUUUGGUCUGAGGAAUCCCCACGGUCCUGUCAGAUGAACUCACUUCAUCAGUUUGCAAUGCAUGUUCCAAAUGUGUAACACUAUUCAUUAUAUAAAAGUGGAUAUUGUUCAUGGUUUCAUAGUUGUUGAACGAUCAAUAUUCAGGUUGGUUUGGUCAGCAAUUGUACUACUACUACUAGCCUAGGCUACUUCUACUUGGAAUGAAGCUGAAUGUUUUAACCAUUUAUCAAAUACUAUCUCAACUUUAAUGAUCUUCACUACUUUCAGCUAUCAUUUGAACUGUUUAGUCCUUACUUUUGGCCAUUCAUUUCUACCACUUAUUUAUUACUUUUAGCUAACUGUUCAAAUUUCUGUACUCGCUUGCGUGUUUACACUCUUAACUAACUGCAACUUGUAGUGUUUAGGUUUACAGUGGAUUUACUGUUAAGAUGUAAACGUAUUCUUUUAAUCAAAUCCUAAUUUAUAUAACAUUUUUGUACAAGUACCCCCUGGGGGCAAGUGCCCCUGGUUGGGAAUUCAUUUGAUUUAUUUCGCACAAAAAGCAACAGCAACAAUGAUACAUUUAAGAUACAUUAAAUAAAACAGGGCAUGCAAAGGGAACCCACAUGGCUUGUCACAUUGGGUUCCCUACCAUUUUUCAACAAUUUAUAACAUAAAGACAAUGCAGAAUGACAAAACUUAAAGGGUUGUUUCACCCAAAUUCUGCCUGAGGAAAAGUCUCUCUGAAGCUUGUCUACAGUGAGCUUUGUUGGUUGCCAAGAGUAGAUAGGACAGUGAUUCUGGAAAGAAAAGUUGGAUGGUUGAGUUGUUUACGUGUUUUUUUUGUCAUGUUUUCAGCCCAAAAAUUUAAAUUUCAUUUACUUACCUUGUACUGGAGUGGAGGCAAAAAUUCAGAGAUGGAAAUUUCAAAACUUGUGCAAAUAUGCCAAUACUAUGUGAUAGAUAGAAGAAAGAGAAGAAGGAGGAUUUAUUUUCGUUUUUCUGAUUUAAGUGAAUUGACCCCAGGAAUAGUGUAUCAUUUUUCCUUUUUCUUUUGAUUGAUAUCCCUCUUGUGUCUUUACAGCAAAUAUGAAGCUGUCAAUUUUCUUAUCUUGGCAGGGGGUUAUGUGCAGGACCUUUUCUGUGCUUGCAAAAUGACUGGAGUCUUGCUAAUGCAUCUCAUAUAAUAUUUACCAUACAGAUGUGAGAGUGGUAUCAAUCUCUCAUCUACGUCUCUGCAAGAAAUCAAUAUGAAUAUUUAUCAAAAUGGCAAACUAUUCCUUCAGCUUUACCAGUUUUACCAAUAUUAAAGACA